AUGCCGUUCGCUGUUUUACCAACAAACUCCUGGGACGUUGAAGCUAUCGCCGAGGUCAAUAUUGCAGCGUUCGAAUAUGCCUUAGGAAUAUCACAUACACUUCCAAGAAACCUUUCUAAUGGAUUACGGAAACAACUUGAAAAUACCGAACGAAAUAUUUACACGGUAAAAUGCGUCGAUACAGAUACAGAUAGGAUUGUCGGAGUAGCCAGUUGGCAAAUCCUAUGGGAUUCUCAAAAGAAUGAGAAAAAAUCGAAAUGCCAAAAGAAUUUGGAAGGAUUGAUUGAAAUUAGGGAAGAUGCAUUUGGUGGACGUAAACACGUCUACCUUUCAAGCUUAACAGUACAUCCAGAUUAUCGACGCGAACAAAUUAGAGAAUUCCUAUUAGAAUGGGGAAUUGAUAUUGCCGACGAACUUGAGCUUCCCUUAUACGUGGAAACCUUAGAAAAUACCGCUUCGUUCUAUGAGUCGAUGGGUUUGGAAAAGGUAACAGAUCAUGCCGUUAGGUUUGCAGCGAACGAUAUCCGCACAAAUAUUGAUGUUGAAAUUCCGAUAUUCGUUAAGAUGCCAAGUAUAGCAGAAGGUCUUAGUUUUGAAGAUUGGGUGUUUGAAGGAUAUCCUAUGAACUAUGAAAUCUUGAAAUCGGAUGAUCAGCGAAACGUAUCAGACUUUGAAGGGGAGACAGAGGAUGACACAGAGUCAGAGGAUGAUGGUGGGGAUGGAGAGUAA